AUGGCGUCCCAGUCAAAGCUCUCCCUCUCGAGGGACCGCAACAUCCGCAACGUCGUCAGCGAGCUCACGCGGCUCUACCUAUCUAACCGAUCGCGCAUCUCGCGCGCCGUCUGGAUCACGCUCUUCGUUGCCCUCGUCAACCGCGUGCGGCAUGCCAUCUCGGAGCAGAAAGCUGCGUCGGCGCGCGAGGCCGCUCAGCGCGAGGCCCGCCGCGCUACCGUCUCAGCCGGCGGCGAAGAGACGCCCAAAAAGAAGGUUGCGCUCGAUCGCCAAUUCUUCCGGUCUCUGCUGCGGCUGCUCAAGAUUGUUGUUCCCGGGUGGCGUAGCACGGAAACGAGGAUGCUGAUCAGCCACAGUUUCUUCCUGGUGCUGAGGACGCUGAUUAGCUUGAGGGUGGCAGAGAUGGACGGUGCCAUUGUGAAGGCGUUGGUCAAGGGGAACGGGAAGGAGUUCUUGACCAGGAUCCUUUGGUGGAUGUUGAUCGCCGUGCCGGCGACCUUCACAAACUCAAUGUACAUCCACGACAAAUACCUCUCCAACCUGACGUUUUACGGCAUCUCGGCUCUCGACGACCGGAUAAAGAAUCCGGAUCAGCUCAUUGCCGUGGACGUUUCCAAGUUCUCCAACAGCCUGGCGGAACUGUACAGCAACUUGGCCAAGCCACUGUUGGACAUGACCAUCUACACGUGGUCACUGUCCAAGAGUGUUGGCGGCGAGGGGGUAGUCUUCAUGUCACUCCUCGUUCAGCUUUCCGCCAACGUCAUGAGAGUCCUCACGCCGCCGUUUGGCAAAUACGUCGCCGACGAGGCCAGACUCGAAGGUGAAUUCCGCUACCAACACUCCCGUCUGAUAGACUACAGCGAGGAGGUCGCUUUUUACGGCGGCCACGUGGCGGAAAAGGACACGCUCGACAAGGGCUACUUUACGCUGAUCAAGCAUGUCAACUACAUUUUAAGGCGGCGAUUCUACCACGGAUUCAUGGAGGACUUUGUCAUCAAGUACUUCUGGGGUGCGCUGGGUCUGCUCCUUUGCAGUGUCCCCGUGUUUGUCAAGUUACCUGGCCAGGUUUCGAUGAACAUGGGCGACAGGACCGAGUCGUUUGUCACCAACAGGCGCAUGCUGCUCUCUGCCUCGGAUGCCUUCGGCCGCAUCAUGUUCUCCUACAGGGAGAUCAUGGAGCUGGCCGGCUACACGUCGCGGGUCGCGUCGCUGCUGGACGUCAUGGACGACAUCCAGUCGGGGCACUUUGAGAAGAGACUGGUCUCAUCCAGCGGCAUCGAGGACAACGAGGCCGUCUUGCGGGGACGGGGAACCGUUCACGAGAGCGAAUUCAUCAAGUUUAUCCAUGUCCCCAUCAUCUCGCCAAACGGCGACGUCCUCGUCAGGGCCCUGUCGUUCUCCCUCGCCCAGGGCGACCACCUCCUCGUCGUCGGCCCCAACGGCUGCGGCAAGUCCUCCCUCUUCCGCAUUCUCGGCGGCCUCUGGCCCGUCUACGGCGGCACGGUCUACAAGCCUCCCUUCCACGCAAUCUUCUACCUGCCCCAGCGCCCCUAUCUCUCGCGCGGGUCUCUGCGCCAGCAAGUCAUCUACCCCGACUCCCUGCGCCAGAUGCGCGCCCGCGGCGUCACCGACGCGGACCUCGUGUCCAUGUUGAAACUGCUCGAGCUCGGACACCUCGUCGACCUGUACCCCGAGGGCUGGGACGCCGAAGCCGAGUGGCGUGACGUGCUGUCCGGCGGGCUCCAGCAGCGCGUCGCCAUGGCUCGUCUCUUCUACCAUCGCCCCAAGUACGCCAUACUGGACGAGUGCACGAGCAGCGUCACGCUCGAGACAGAAAAGAUCAUGUACGACAACGCCAAGGCUUUGGGCAUCACACUCAUGACUGUCAGCCACAGGAGGAGCUUGUGGAAGUACCACACCCACAUCUUGCAGUUUGACGGGCAGGGCAAGUAUGUGUUUACAAGGUUGGAUGCCGACAAGCGGCUAAGGUUGGAGGAUGAAAAGGAGGAGCUGGAGGUCAAGUUGCGGCAGGUUCCCGAGCUGGAGCGGCGGCUGGAAGAGUUGACGGCCGUGUGA